AUGGUGCAUGCCUCUUCUCCCGUCGCCAAAUCCCCUUUGCGGCCGAGCCCCCCUGAGUACAUCAAGCCUGCGCCCACAGCGAAUACGGUUGCCCGCGAUUACUUCAAGACCGAACUAGAAGUUCACCACUCGCCAACUUCGACUAGAGCUACUGAGACCCUUGUUAUCCUCCACGAUGCCUGCUACGGACACCGUUUCUCCCGACCCAAGACCUCUAAAGGUGCCCUCAGCACCAUCGUUGAGCGCCCUGAGAGAAUCAAGGCCGGCGUUUUGGGAGUCGCCAUGGCCUACGUGCGACUCGGUGAACGGCACUGCGAUGGCGCAUAUGCGCUGCAUCCAAGCCUGGAUCCCUCCACUAUCCCGACGAUUCCGUUUCGCAUCUACAAGACCGAGCGAAGAUUGCCCCUGACAUCGGCGGCUGUCACAAAUGUCCACGGCAUCAAGUGGAUGGAGGAGCUCAAGAUGAUGUGCGAAGGAGCAGAGAUAAAGUUAGCGACUGGUGGGAAGGAACUUCAGAGGCCAGAAUUAAACAGGGGUUCAGACGGACCGCCUGCGAAAUUCCACGAGGGUGACCUCUAUCUUUGCUCCGAAUCGCUCGAGGCCUUUGAGGGUGCUUUGGGUGCCGUCUGCGAAGCCGUAGACCGAGUUUUCACAUCCGGCCCUCGGCGAGCCUUUGUCGCUGUACGCCCACCGGGACAUCACUGCUCAGCUUCUUUCCCGUCAGGGUUUUGCUGGGUUAAUAACGUCCACGUCGGAAUUAUGCAUGGCAUUUUGAACCAUGGUCUUACCCACGCGGCCAUCAUCGAUUUCGAUCUUCACCACGGAGAUGGCUCUCAAGCUAUUACUUGGGCGCAUAACUCGCGAGGAGUGAAUGCGGCCAAGAACACGGCAGCUUGGAAGAAGGCGUCCAUCGGCUACUUCAGUCUUCACGAUAUCAACUCGUACCCCUGUGAGUGGGGUGAUGAGGAGAAGGUCAAGAACGCCAGUUUGUGUAUUGACAAUGCUCAUGGCCAAAACAUCUACAACGUCCACCUGGAAUCGUAUGGUUCAGAGAAGGAGUUCUGGGAGCUGUACGAGACCAGAUACUCAAUUAUUCUGGAGAAGACGCGCAAAUAUCUGAAAAACCAAGCAGCUCGGCUUCGCGCUCUGAAUAUGCCUCCCAGGGCGGCGAUCUUCUUCUCGGCGGGAUUUGAUGCUAGUGAGUGGGAGACCAAGGGUAUGCAACGUCAUAAUGUGAACGUUCCUACCGAGUUUUACGCUCGUAUUGCUCAAGAUGUCGUGAAGCUUGCCGCGGAGGAAGGCUUGGGAGUUGAUGGGCGGGUUAUCAGCGUGCUUGAGGGUGGCUACAGUGACCGAGCUCUUUACUCUGGCAUUUUCAGCCAUCUGAGCGGACUUUCAGGAAACCAGACCCCGGAAGAGCCCACUCGGGGUCGCUCUUCGCUCGGCGACGAAAUGGCAGGGCAGAUUGCUGCAACCAUUACUGGCGAACCAUCUCUACAUCCUUACAAACCGUCAUGGUGGUCAAGCUCCGAACUUGACGAGCUAGAAGUCGCGAUGGGCAACAGACCAACCAGCCCCAAGAUGAUCCGGCACUCAACUCCGCCGACAUACUCAACUCCCACACAGGCGUCGAUUGAUCCGGCGAGGAUGAGACGGAUGGCGUCCGGCUUGUCGAAUGGAAUGCCAUAUUCGAGACCAGCAACACCACCGCCCCCUGACGUGCCAUGGACCAUAGCAGCCCAUGAGCUGAGCAGGCUACUCAUCCCGUCAGAUCGCCAAGUCGAUAGCUGCAAGCCUGAAGACCUGAAUGCAGAGGCGACAAGGGCUCGGAGAGACCGGCAGUCGAUUCUAAACCCUGAUCUUGUGCCGCCGGCACCUGCUCCCGCGCCCGCGCCGAAGCCAGCAAGCAGGCCCACUUCGCGGAUGUCUUUAAGAGAGCGGAAGCCAGCGAAGCCUGGCUUGUAUGUUGACGUAGACGAAGAUGAUGACAAGCAGUCCAAGAACCGGCGGAGAACGGUUGCGGGCCCUGCUGCGCUAUCAUCUGAGAAGGCAACGGCCCGAGGCAUACCCUCUGACACAAAUGGAGCAGCUAAGCGACCCGGUCGACGCCUUAGUGGUGUGUCUAUUGUGACUUCGAAUGCUCCCAAUACAGAGCCCGAGGGCUACGGAGUUUCAGCCCAGCGUCCCGACACUUCUAUGAGCGUGCGACCAGACACGGCGAUGAGCGUCAGAACUCAGAGUGCUACGUCUUUGAAUGUUAAAAAGACAAGGGCUCCAGCAGUCAAGAAAGAAGCCCCCAAAACCACAAGAAUUGUGAAGAAGCCUGCCACAACGGCGAAACCCUCCCCUCCCCAGCAGGCUGGGCCAUCGCAGCCACAUCAAGGAAAUCCGAGCCCAGCUGCUGCAUCGGAGGACGAUAUGGACAAGUUGACUGCCGGUAUGAAGAAGGUCAAGAUCAACUUGAUCACGAAAACACAGAAAGAAGAGCGUGCUAAGGCAGCCCAAGCAGCUCAAGCCAAAGCUGCCACAUCCCCCAAAACCGAAGAAGCAAAGACGGGUUUCCCGUUUGAAGCUCAGAAGGCUUCGUCGCCGGUGGCACCUCCGAUCAUCACACCUCCGCAAGACGAGGCUUUCGCUACACCGCCGACGCAGCCCCCGGCCGUCAAAGAUCCGUCACCGCCUGCUGUCCCGGAAGGCCGGCCUGAAGUCUCAACUCCAGUGACCGAGCUGAUGCCUCCCGCCGCCACCCCUGAUCCCCGUUCAGUAGAACUCCCUGCAAGCUCACCCGCUGCUAUGUCGCCGACCGUUGCGACACCCUCAUCGGACGUCUUCAUCAACUAUCAACCGGAGGGCCCUGCCCCUGUGUCUGUGACGCCGUCAGAACCCCUAAAGUGGAUGCCGCCCAACACCAAUACACCCGUCAAAGCCUCGCCGUCUAAGCCAUCACCGGCAAAGCUGUCAUCAGCUAAAGCGUCACCAAUGAAGAAGUCCCCGGUAAAGAUGAUGCGUGCAGAUCUCCCAGUCUUCACCUCCACGUCUGCCAUCCCAUUUGCGCCGCCGGCGAUGAGCGCUCCGUCUGAGAUCAAGCAAGAACCGGCAGUCAAGGCCGAUCCGGAGGAGCCGGCAAAGUCGGUCUGGGAUAUCCCGGAAACUCCGCAGAUGCAAUAG